AUGGCACACAUUCAACACCCCCAGUCAGUGACUACAGUCUUUCUAGACCAGCCACCCAGUUGCCUGGAGUUCUGCCCCGAGGCCCCAGACCAUUUCAUCGUGGGCACCUAUCUUCUAUCAGAGGACAAAACAGAAGGUGGAGAGAUCGAGCAGUCCAAAACUGGGAGUCUACAAUUAUGGAAAUUAGACCCUGUUAGCAAAACAUUAUCCCAAAUCCAAAGAAUUGCCGUCCCAUACGCAGUAUUUGACCUGCACUUUCACCCAAGACACAGGAACCUAUUCGCAAUCGCAAGCAGCGUGGGUUCAGUGGCCCUAUUCCAAGUAUCCGCCAACUCCACUACCGGAGACGCAUUCGCAACCCCAAGCAUCACCCAAUUGUGGACGAAGCAAGUACACGAAGAUCCAUCAAUCCCAACACUCUUUCUUGCCUGGGCACCGCAAAACUGGUUCCCCCAGCCAGCAGCAGAUGGCUUCGCCGUCACAUUCUCAGAUAGCCGGACAGCCGUCUUCGGAACAGAGGGCGACCUGCACCAAGAAGAAAGUAUAGCAGAAUGGGGCACGUACGAAGCCAAACAAAUAAUCGAAGUCUGGUUUGUUGCAUUGUCAACGAGCACGGGAAACCCAGAUGUCGAGACCCUGAGCCCAUCUGCGACCCGGUUCAUGUUCACGGGCAAUGACUUCGGCUCGCUACACACGCGCCGAUUCGAUAAAACCGCCGAGUUGGAUGAUCCAGACGAGCAUAUCUCGCCCAUGCUGCUCGAGCAUGAUGAUAAGGCUCGCCACCACACUGCUGGUGUUACGGCCAUAUUGCCUCUUGAUGUUCCCUUGGUCGACGGUGCCCCAGUUCUUUUGACGGGAUGCUAUGAUGAGAGUCUGCGUGUGUACCAUGCUACGUGGAGGGGAGAGGUUCUCGCUGAGCAGGGGCUUGAUGGUGGGGUUUGGCGACUGCAGUUGCUGAAUACGACGAGAAUUCCGGGUUCAGAUGACCCGUCGAAUGUAUCCGAGUACCGCUUUUUGGUGUUGGCGAGCUGCAUGCACGCCGGGACGAGGCUUGUACGGGUUACUUGCAAGCACGAAGAUGAGGCUCCGAAUUGGGGGAUUGAGGUUCUGGCGAAGUUUACUGAGCAUGAGAGUAUGAAUUAUGCCAGUGGUGUGUGGGAGGGUGGACAGGAAACGACUCGGUCUUCUGAGGUUUUCUGCAUCUCGAGCAGUUUCUACGAUCGCAGGCUCUGUGUUUGGACUGUUGAUCUAUAG